AGAGAGAGAGAGAGACAAGAGAGGACAAGAUGGCAUCUAGCGGAGGCGGAGCAGGAAAGAAUACGGCGGAGUUCUUCCGGAGGAGGGACGGCUGGAGGAAGCAUCCGAUGCUCGGCAAUCAGCUGCGUCACGCCACACCUGGUCUCGGCAUCGCUCUCGUUGCCUUCGGGAUCUACCUCGUCGGCGAACAAGUCUACAAUCAGAUGAACGCUCCUUCUCAUUCUCACCACCAUGUCAAGGCUGGGGAGCACUGAGAAGAUUGAUUUCCCCCUCCUUUUGUUUUGUUGUUAGUGUUACUGUUGGUUAAUAAUAACUUGACAUUCAAUGUCGUAUAAAUUACCAACCGUGUUAUGUUGGCUUCUUCAGCUGUAUCAUGUAUGUAUAUGGCUACUUUAAUCCCCUCAUUUCAAAUGUUUCUGCUGUGAAUGAACUACUUUUGUUUGCUUUCA